CAUGUUAGCAAACCUACACACUUAUAUAUAUUUCUAGAUUUGUAUAGGUUAUGUAAGAGAGCAUAUUGAUAGCUCUCUAUUUGUUCAUGGCGGAACUGAUUGUAUGGGUGCAAUUGAACAGUAAACCUUUACAGCAUGUUUGGUUCGACGGAAUGGCCAUUCCAUUUCGCCCCUAUUCCACGCGCUACAGUGACCCGUUUGUUUGGUUGAAAUUUGACCGCUGAAUAGCUAUUCCGUGCGGGCUCUAUUACGCGUAAACGCUGCAUAACCAUUCAGAGGGUCGGGCGCUGAAUGCCUAUUCAAUGGCUCUCGUAAUAGCUUUUUUUUUUUUUUAUUUCGGACGAAAAUCUCCUCCCACUUCCACUCAUCAUUUAGACGAAAAUCUUAUUGGGUUUUCAUAAAAUACAUAGAAUACUCUCUGUUUUUGGAUUUUGGGUGUGGCUGAUUUACGUGUGCUAGAAAAUAUGGAGAAAUCGAUGUUGAAGGCGGAGCUUUCCAAAGAAAUGCGCACGUCUCCCACAGUGGAGCCCAGCGAUUGUGGGAACGGUGAGGCUCCGAUCAAUUAUCAACGAUUGUUACAAUCUUGGAGAAGACAGCCCUGUGUUUGAAAACUUGUUUGAAUUUUGUCAAAUUUAUACUGGUGGGACAAUAGGAAACUAAAUUUGAUGCCGAAAUGGCUGCAAUGACCUGUGUUCCAUGGGGUACCCUUGAAAGCGUUGGAGACCAAUCAGGAUAUGUCAAUGGCAUAAAUAUGAUCCUUAGUAGUAGCAUUCCUGUACUUGAGAGCAUUCUUUCACCUAUUUACUUCCAGUUCUUCUUGGACAAGGUGAGGUCAAAACUUUCGACAUUUGGAUUUGGUGGGCCAACUGAAGUUACCUACGGUGGUAAUGCCUUGAAGUUUUAUGCUUCAGUGCGUCUAAAUAUAAGGAGAACAUGGCUUGUCAAGAAAGGAGAAGAGACUAUUGGAAGUCAAGUUCUUGUGAAGAUUGUGAAGAACAAGCUUGCCCCUCCAUUUAAGAAUGUUGAAUUUGAGCUUGAGUUUGGCAAGGGAAUAUCCCGGGAAAGGGAUAUCAUAGAUUUGGCAACGAAACACAAACUUGUUACAAAGUCUGGCGCAUUCUACAGUUUCAACGACAGGAAACUCCAUGGCAAGGAAGCCUUCAGAAGGUUUUUAGCUGAAAAUAGAAGUGCUCUUGAAGAACUUGUGAUGAAACUUAGAGAAAAGCUACUUGAUGCUGAGAGCAAGAAGGAACGACAAACAGAUAUCUCGGAUGAUUGUGGGGGUAAUUGUGGCGUUGAAAAGUUUUGUGUAUUCAAUGGAUGAGAUAAUACAGGAUCUUGUUUCAAAUUUUCAAGGGCAUCCGACUGUCUUUCUCUCACAUUGUCCUAUUUCCAGCCAUAUUUACCAUGUUAACAAGGGAGCAAUUUAUAUUUGAAAAAUUACAUUGUAUAACUUAGAUUCUUAUUUAAAUUCUGAGAAAAUUUUCUGCUAUCUAGCGAAUCUGUUCUCUGCAAUUAUGAAAUCAUAAAAUCACAUAUUAGUAGUAGUCCA